AUGAGGAUGUUGGAAAAAGGUCCAUCGCGUGCGGAGCCACGAGCAGCAAGGACGGACGAGGCGCGCGCGUGUAAGAAUAUUGUUUCUCCCCUGGUGUUGAGAACUUUUUCGGCGCUUGCCAGCUAGACGCGACAAGCGCAUUAAAAGUACCAAAAUGUCGGAUACGGAGGUCGUUGAACCGAAAAAGGGUCGAGGCCGCCCUCCGAAUCCUGAAAAGCAGAACAGCGUCGCUCCGAAGAAGCGAGCCCGCGCUGUCUCUCCGAAGGAUAAGGCCGACGAGAAGGAGAAGGAUAAAGAGAAGGCCGUGAUGUCCGACGAGGAGCCUUCGCCCAAGCGCGGCCGUGGCAGACCGAAAGCUGCCGCCAAAAAGCCCGCCAAGGGUAAAAAGCCGGAGGCCAAGAAAGGUCGCGGUCGAGGCAAGAAGAAGCCCGAGUCCAGCGAGGAGGAGGACGAUGACGAAGAGGAGGAAGAUGAAGAUGACGAAGAUGAAAACGAAAGCGAAGAUAACGAGGAGAACGAUGAUGAAUCUGAUUCUUAAACUGUUUGUCAACCUUUCUCUAACCCUUAUUAUGAUCAAUUCCAUUUGAAAAUCCAAAAUCUAAAUGGUACUUUAAAAAUAAGCCACCGUAAGUUCAGAGUACGAAUCUCGUAUCAACUAUAUUCAAAACAAAUACAAAAAAAAACUUAUCUAUAAAACACGAUUGCAUACACCUAACCAUAAAAGAAGUGAAAGUAGAAGAAACACAAUGCGAAGAAAAAGCAUACAAUACACAUACUUAACAAAAGAAAAACUUAACAAGUUAUGACACAAAACAAAAAACAUUCAGCACUUAACAAAGUUUCAAUGUUACAAAACAAAAACAACCAAAACAAUGGUUAUAACAAGUAGAGUACACAAUAUGUAUUUGUUCGGUGUGUGAAAUUCAAAACCAACAAGAGAGACAACUCUUUUUACUACUAUAAUAACUAUAACUAAUACACGUGAUGUAAUAACACAAGAAGCAAAGAAAAAAAAAGUUCGUCCCAAGCAGCAAAAAACGAAUAUAAUAAUAACAUCAUUUUAAUAAAAAGACCUUGAACAUUGCGUAGUAGUCAAACCAAGUGAAACACACUAAAUUAAGGUAUCAGAUACUUGCUAUAUAACAAAA